UGGUGACGUCAUUGGGAUGAUAAAAAGAAUGAAAGAAAGAUUGAAGAAGAAGUACAUUGUUGUCUCAAGCAAGCAGUUACUGUUAUUAGACCUCACGUUCACAUAUCAUAUGGAACUCAAACUGCUUCUGAUUCUAAAGCUACUUUUUGCAGCUUUGGCCGCUGAAUCUGAAUACGUUCGCCCUCUGCCUCGUAAAACCUUAACCAUCCCAUGGGAUUCAAUCUCCAAGUCCCACUCCUCCUACCCUCAACAGGUUCGCAUUUCUUUGGCAGGAGAGAAGCACAUGAGAGUUACUUGGAUAACUGAUGAUAAGCGUUCACCUUCAUAUGUAGAAUAUGGAACAUUACCCGGGAGAUAUGAUUCAAUAGCUGAAGGAGAGUACACCUCUUAUAAUUAUCUGCUGUAUAGCUCAGGAAUGAUACACCAUGCUGUAAUUGGUCCUUUGGAAGACAACACUGUGUACUUUUACCGGUGUGCUGGGAAAGGUCCUGAGUUUCAGCUCAAAACCCCUCCGGCUCAAUUUCCUAUUACUUUUGCUGUGGCUGGGGAUCUAGGUCAAACUGGUUGGACUAAAUCCACAUUGGAUCACAUUGAUCAAUGUAAAUAUGAUAUUUACCUGCUUCCAGGGGACCUUUCAUAUGCUGAUUGUAUGCAGCAUCUGUGGGACAAUUUUGGGAGACUAGUGGAGCCACUUGCUAGUGCAAGACCAUGGAUGGUGACAGAGGGAAACCAUGAAGAGGAGAACAUACCGUUGUUAACGGAUGAGUUUGUAUCAUAUAAUUCCAGAUGGAAAAUGCCAUUUGAGGAAAGUGGAUCAACUUCAAAUCUUUAUUAUUCUUUUGAAGUUGCAGGUGUUCACGUUGUCAUGCUUGGCUCCUAUGCGGAUUAUGAUGUGUACUCUGAACAGUAUAGAUGGCUAAAGGCAGAUCUGCUAAAGGUGGAUAGGAAAAGGACACCUUGGCUGCUUGUGUUAUUUCAUGUGCCAUGGUAUAAUAGUAACAAGGCUCAUCAAGGUGCAGGGGAUGAUAUGAUGGCAGCUAUGGAGCCGUUGCUUUAUGCUGCCAGUGUUGAUUUAGUUAUCGCUGGCCAUGUUCAUGCUUAUGAACGUUCGAAACGUGUGUAUCAUGGAAGAUUGGAUUCUUGUGGUGCCGUCCAUAUAACUAUUGGCGAUGGAGGAAACAGGGAAGGCUUAGCUCAUAGGUAUAUAAACCCACAGCCAACAUGGUCAGAAUUCCGUGAAGCCAGUUUUGGUCAUGGUGAGCUGAAGAUUGUAAACUCCACUCAUGCUUUCUGGAGUUGGCACAGGAAUGAUGAUGAUGAGUCAGUGAAAGCUGAUGAUAUCUGGAUAACCUCUUUGGUUAGCUCAGGAUGCAUUGAUCAGAAGACACAUGAACUCAGAAGUACACUUAUGACACCCUAAAAGUUUAGGUCUGCUACCGUCAUUCCUUAACUACGUGGCUUAGCAAAACUGCAGAAGUUCUGUAAAUAUAGACAAUGAGACAAUUUCUUAGUUUAGUACAUGUAUCGCUACUAGUAGCCGAGUUAGUAAACUCAGGUAUUUCAGUACAUAGAUGCUGGUUGUGAUGGUAUAUUGAAAUAUUCUAAGGACAUCGUCUAGUCAAUAAAUGGAGUACAAGGCUAGUUGUCUCUUUGCAA